ACAGACUUCUUGUGGAUGAGCAGGAGCUAUCGGGACCUCCUCUUCUUCUGAAGCCGCUGGUUGUUGAGAAGCAAAGCGGGAGCGCCCUUGUGAGUCUGCUCGUCAAUAACCUUCAGUUCCCCUCUGUAUGUGACCACCAUGAGCUCACGCACCACCAGCAUCAAUUGCCCAUUAGCGGGUUUCGCCAUCGCCACCGCAGGAUGGAUCCUGUGUGUCACGUGCAUGGGUCUCGUUGAGUGGCGAGUGUGGCACAUGAACAGCACCUCCUUCUGGGAGCCAAGCCCCAUCUCUGUGGGAAUGUGGAAAGUCUGUGUUUACCGCCAUGUCAGCUACUUUGACAGGGCCAGAUUGUGCUACCCUUACACCUAUGGUGAUACCUUCCUCCCUCUCAAUAUUCAUGUGGGUCAACACCUCCUGCUGGCUGCCAGCAUCCUGGGGUUGCUGGGGAAGGUCUGCAUUGUCUUUGCACUCAGGAAACUCUCCAUUGUAAUUCUUGGGAGGAAGGUCAUCUGCAAUCCAUUUGCUGUUGCAGGAAUUCUGAAUAUGGCUGCCGGUAUGUGCAUUUUGAUUACUGUCAUCUGGAAUCACAAGUCCGUGAUGAAUGGAGAGGGUAUAUCCUUCCCGCUAUCUUUCCAUAUACCCCUCAAACCAGAUUGGCAGGAAAUCGGCAAUACCAUGCUCGUGGCGUAUCUGGCUGCCUUCCUGAUGCUGUUAAGUGUGCUGUUUCACCUCCGUUUCCAAUGCCCAAUGCCCAACCAAGUGCAGCCUGAAGCUUCAGAAACGUAA